AUGCCGUCUGUGACAAAGAUUAUCCAUUUUUUUCUCAGUGCGCUGUUGACUGCAAUAUCUGUCGGUCUGCUUGGUUUUGCCAUGUCAGAUGAUUGGUCUAGAACAACUAUGGACUGCAGAGGAUUUAUAAUCAACAACGGGAGUGCAGAAAUCACACUGGGCCUUUUCAAUGGCUUAUUAGUAAGACAAACGUGUCCUAGCUUUGGCAAUUAUAAGGAUUUUUCAGUGUUUACAGAAUUAUCAGUCAUAAAAGGAGCUUCUCUGGCUCUCCAUGCUCUGUGUGUGGCCCUGCUGGUCCUGUGCCUGCUGUUCUCAGCCCUCAGCAUCCUUAUCUCGCUCUACAACAGCGUCAGCAACCCUUACCAGACCUACAUGGGGCCUAUCGGGGUUUACACCUGCUCCUCCAUCAGUGCUUGCUUGUCUCUUUUGGUCAUCAUCUUAUUCGUCCUGAACAUCAAUGUGACAGACAUGCAAGAGCAGUUGGUUCCUCAAAUUGGCAGUAUUGACACCGAGAAUCUAGAACUGUCAAACAAAAAGUCAACGAUGCUGGUGGGGUACUUCAUGCUUAUCCCUUACACCGUGCUCUCUCUGGGAGCUAUAUUGGCCAUCUACCUGUACGACCAUGCAGCCUACAUGCACAGAAGAGAGCAGGAGAAGCCAACGGAGGAUGCUCCCAAGGAGAUCAUGAUGUACUAGUGGUGAUCAAAACAGAGACACUUUAACAUUCCUUUUGACUUUUUGAUAAAUUAUAAAGGAUCAUA